AUGGGCUCCAUCUCGGCUGCUGGCGCUGUUGCCAGGAUCGCCGCGCUUGCCUCGGCCACCCUGGUCAACGUCGCUCCUUCCGGUAACGCUGCCGCCUCCUCCUUCUCCUCCGUCGCCGACAAGGCCACCGAGUUCAACGCACAGCUCGAGCUCGAGCAGCUCAACCAGCAUGUCGAGCUCGGCUCCGUUCUCACCCAGCUCAAGCCUGCCGGCAACGGUCUCAUCUCGGUCCUCUCCCACGCACACCAGCAGACCUUCACCCGUCUCGUGCCUCACCUCCCCAAACUCGUCAACACUCCCCUCGUCUUCCACGUCGCCAGCGCCGGCGAGCACAGCGACCUUAUGGCCCUCCGUCAGUCCGGUCUCGUCCUCCUCCACUCGUCCACCGCCGCACAGGCCCAUGACCACGCACUCCUGGCCACCAAGAUCGCCACGUCGGCAAAGCGCGCCGUUCUCCACUUCUUCGAGGACGUCUCUGGUCCCGUCGAAGAGGUGACCAACAUCGACCUUGCUUCUUUUGUCGGCUCCGCUGCCGCUUCCACCAGCACCGACGCCGCCGCCGCUGCUCCCAAGACCAACGGCGUAAACGGUCACGCCAACGGUGUCAACGGGGCUGCCAACGGACACGCCAACGGCCAUGUCAGCGCGGCUGCUAGCGAGGCUGGCUUUGACGACCUCGAGUCCGCCAUCGAUGCUGCCUACGAGGAUGUCGCCGAGCUUGUCGGCCACGCCGUCGAGCCCUUCCAGCUCGUUGGCGCUUCUGACGCUUCCAACCUCGCCGUCGUGCUCGGUGCCGGCUCCGAGGUCCUCCAGGAUUAUACUGCCCCACACAACGACCUCGCUGUUCUCGAUAUCCGCCUGGUGCGCCCCUCGUUGCCACAGCGUCUGCUCGACACCAUCCCCGCCGGCAUCAAGCGCAUUGCUGUCCUCGAGCAGAGCGUUCGCCGGACCACCAAGCUCGGCCCUCUCUUUGUCGAUGUCGCCACCGCCUUCCAGGGCUCCGAGCGUGCUCUUCCCUCUGUCCUCGUCAGUGGCAUCCUCGGCCACAUUGAUGACGGCGACAAGGCUGCCAAGGAGCUCAUCAAGGCGCUCGAGGCUCCCAAGGCCAAGCACGCCUUUGUCGUCGGUAACAUCAAGAAGCUCGCCGCUCGCGCCCAGGCUGCUCCUGCUGCUGCCGCUGCUGCCACCACCGGCCCCGUCCAGAUCCCCAAGCACGAAGAGGCAUACAACCUCAUGCUCGAGCAGGUCUUUGCCGAGCGCCUCUCGGUCGUCAACUCGGCCAACGAGGAGUCUGACGACAACCCUGCCGCUCGCAGCCCCGAAUACGCCUUUGGUCAGGUUCUCGCCCAGCUCGAGCAGCGCGACGAGCUCGUCCGUGCCGUCAACGAUGUGCUUCGCGACGGCGGUAUCUCGACCGAGCUGCACGAGGCUCUCUCGCAGUGGCUCGUGGCCAAGCAGGACGCCAAGAAGAACGUCGCUUCGAGCAACAAGGUCGCCUCGCUUCUCCAGUCGUCCGCCUCGGGCGCUGCUCUGCAAAAGAUCAAGUCGCUCUCGUCGCACCUCUCGCUCAAGAGCCGAUGGAUCGUCGGCAGCGACGCAUGGGCUUACGACGCCGGCAUGGGCGGUGUUCACCACGUCAUCGCCUCGGGUCGCAACGUCAACAUGCUCAUCUUUGACAGCGUUCCUUACACCAAGCGAGAUGCACAGGCCGCCCACAAGCGCAAGAAGGACAUUGCCCUCUAUGCCAUGAACUACGGCAACGUCUACGUCGCCUCCACUGCCAUCUACGCCGACUACACCCAGGUGCUCCACGCGAUCAUGGAGGCCGACAAGUUUGACGGUCCCUCGGUCGUGCUCGCCUACGUCCCUUACCGCACCGUCGAUGCCCCCGCUCUCGACGUGCUGCGCGAGACCAAGCUCGCUGUCGAUUCGGGCUACUGGCCUCUAUUCCGCUGGGACCCCAGCGCCGAGGCGCGAGGCGCCGAGGUGUUCCGCCUCGACGGUGUGCGUUUGCGUGAGCAGUUGCAACAGUUCCUCGACCGCCAGAACGUGUUCACCACGCUCGUCAAGUCGCGUCCCGAGCUCUCUUACGACAUUGCCGCCUCGCAGGGCAACGCCCUCCGCGAUCUCCAGCGUCGCAAGGCCAAGGAGGCCUACGAGAAGAUGCUCGGCUCGCUCGACGGUCCUCCUUUGCUCAUCCUCGUCGCCUCGGACGGCGGCAACGCCGAAAAGGUGGCCAAGAAGCUCGCCGUUCGUGCCAAGGCCCGCGGUGUCGCUGCUCGUCUCCUCACCAUGGACGACUACCCCGUCACCGAGGAGCUCAAGGACGAGAAGAACGUGGUCUUCCUCACCUCGACUGCCGGUCAGGGUGAGGCUCCUCAGAACGGCCGCUUCACCUACAAGGCACUCCACGCCAUGGCCAGUGCUUCUCUGCCUGAUACGGUCAACUUCACUGUCUUCGCCAUGGGUGACAGCCACUACUGGCCGCGACCCGAAGAUGCUCACUAUUACAACAAGCCAGGCAAGGACAUCGACGUGCGUCUCGAACAGCUCGGCGCGAACCGCAUGGCCCCCAUCGGUCUCGGUGACGACCAGGAUGCCGACGGCUACCAGACUGGCUACAAGAUCUGGGAGCCCUUGCUCUGGAAGGCGCUCGGUGUUGACACGGUCGAGGUCACGGAGGCCGAGCCCGAGCCCAUCACCAACGAGCACAUGAAGAUCGCCUCCAACUACCUGCGUGGUACCAUCAAGGAGGGUCUCGAAGACACGUCGACCGGUGCCAUUGCCGAGUCUGACGGUCAGCUCACCAAGUUCCACGGUACCUACCAGCAGUACGACCGUGACACGCUUGAGGAGCGAAAGGCUGCCGGUCUCGAGCCUGCGUACAGCUUCAUGAUCCGCGCCCGUAUCCCUGGUGGUGUGGUUACGCCGGCGCAGUGGGUCCAGCUCGACGAUGUUGCCGAAAAGUACGGCAACCAGACGAUCAAGAUCACCACGCGCCAGACGAUCCAGUACCACUGUGUCAUCAAGAGCAACUUGAAGGCUGCGAUGCAGGGCAUCAACAAGUCGAUGCUCGACACGAUCGCUGCCUGCGGUGACGUCAACCGAAAUGUCAUGUGCUCGCCCAACCCGAGCCUGAGCGAGCUGCACGAGGAUGUCUACGAGUUCUCCAAGUCAAUCUCGGAGCACCUGCUGCCGCGCAUGAACGCCUACCAUGAGAUCUGGCUCGACAAGGAGACCGACAGCUCCAAGCAGCUGCUCAUCGGUGGUGUGCUGCAGGACUACGAGCCGCUCUACGGUCCUUACUAUUUGCCGCGAAAGUUCAAGAUCGCCAUCGCUGUGCCUCCGCGCAACGAUACCGACUGCUUUGCGCACGACAUUGGUCUGAUUGCGAUCGCCGACCCCGUGACCAAGCGUCUGGCUGGUUUCAACUUGGCCGUCGGUGGUGGUAUGGGUGUCACGCACUCGAUGAAGGCCACCUACCCGCGUCUCGGAAGCGUGAUCGGUUUCGUGACGCCCGAGCAGACGUUGGAUGCGUGCCGCAUCGUGAUGCUCAUCCAGCGCGACACGGGCAACCGUGCCAACCGAAAGCAGGCCCGUUUGAAGUACACCAUCGACAAGCACUGGGGCACGGCCGACAACUUCAAGGCCGAGGUGGAGCGUCGCUUGGGCUACAAGCUCGCCGAGCCCAAGUCGUACAAGUUUGAGACCAACACGGAUCUGUACGGAUGGACGCAGGAUUACAAGGGCAACUACCACUGCACCUUGUGGCUCGAGAAUGGCCGUGUCAAGGACGAGCCUGGUGCGCCAUUCCGCACGGGUCUGCGCGAGCUGUGCAAGAUCCACAAGGGCGCGUUCCGCCUGACGCCCAACCAGCACAUCAUUGUGUCGGACAUCAAGCCGGAGGACAAGGAUGCGAUCGACGCGCACCUGCGCAAGUACAAGAUGAACAACUGGGAGCACUCGGGCGUCAAGCUGUCGGCGAGCGCGUGUGUCGCUUUCCCCACGUGUGGUCUUGCCAUGGCCGAGUCGGAGCGAUACCUGCCCCUGCUCAUGGACAAGGUCGAGCAGAUCUUCGAGGCCAACGGACUGCGCAGCACCGAUACCGUGUUCCGCAUGUCUGGAUGUGCCAACGGAUGCUCGCGUCCCUGGAUGGCUGAGGCUGGCUUUGUGGGCAAGGCGCCCGGUCAGUACGUCAUGACGCUUGGUGGAUCGCACAACGGUACGCGUCUGUCCAAGAUCUACCGCGAGUCGGUCGACGAGAAGGAGAUCCUCGAGAUCAUGAACAAGCUCGUGCCCCAGUAUGCGCAGAACCGCAUCGAGGGCGAGUCGUUCGGCGACUAUGUCAUCCGUGCUGGCGUCAUCAAGCCGACGACGGAGGGCAAGUACUUCUACGAGGACAUGUGCCCCUCGGAUGUCGUACCUCCUUCCGCCGCGGCUAAGAAGGGCGCCGCUCAAGAGACCGAGCACUACGACCGCGCCUCGUCUGCGUGA